AUGAUGCCACCAGGACCUGCUUCUUCAUCUUUUCAUGGUGGUGGAGGGGAGGCAGCGGCUGCGAACCCAGAUCAGGGUCCAGUGUGCUUUGAAGAUGUAGCUUUGCAUUUCACUGAUGAGGAGUGGGCGUUGCUAGAUCCUGACCAGAGAGCUCUGCAUCAGGAGGUCAUGGAGGAGAUUCGUGGGAUGUUGGACUCACUCGGUGGUGAUGAAUUGGAAAUGAAGAAGAAGGGCAACCACAAGGAAAUCCACACAGCGGAGGAGCCUUAUCAGGAUUCAGACUGUGGAGAGAACUUCAGUCACAGCACCAAUUCCUCUUCCCAUCAAAGAAACUGCCUUGAGAAGAAACCCUAUCAGUGCUUGGAGUGUGGAAAGAGCUUCCCCUAUCAGUGCCUGGAAUGUGGAAAGAGCUUCAGUCGAAAGAGUUUCAAUUCCCAUCGAGGAAUUCAUACAGGGGAGAAACCAUAUCAGUGCUUGGAGUGUGGAAAGAGCUUCGUCUCCAAAAAAGGUCUCACUGCCCAUCGAAUUAUUCAUACAGGGGAGAAACCAUAUAAGUGCCUGGAAUGUGGUAAGAGCUUCAGUCGGGGCUCCUAUCUCAUUGCCCAUCAAAUAAUUCAUACAGGGGAGAAACCAUAUAAGUGCCUGGAAUGUGGUAAGAGCUUCGCCUGGAAAAAGAGAUUUGCUUCCCAUCAAAGAAUUCAUAUCAGAGAGAAACCCUAUCAGUGCUUGGAAUGUGGAAAGAGCUUCAGGUGGAAAGAAAAUCUCAUUACCCAUCAAAGAAUUCAUACGGGGGAGAAGAUAUAUCAGUGCCUGGAAUGUGGAGAGAGCUUCAGUCAGGGCUCCUAUCUCACUUACCAUCAAAGAAUUCAUACAGGGGAGAAACCUUAUCAGUGCUUGGAAUGUGGAAAGAGCUUCAGGUGGAAAGAAAAUCUCAUUACCCAUCAAAGAAUUCAUACAGUGGAGAAACCCUACCAGUGCUUGCAAUGUGGAAAGAGCUUCAGUCGAAAAGACAGUUUCACUUUCCAUCGAGGAAUUCAUACAGGGGAGAAACCAUAUCAGUGCUUGGAAUGUGGAAAGAGCUUCAGUCGAAAAGACACUUUCACUUCCCAUCAAAGAAUUCAUACAGCGGAGAAACCCUAUCAGUGCUUGGAAUGUGGAAAGAGCUUCAGAACCAGCUCCCAUCUCACUUCCCAUCAAAGGAUUCAUACAGGGGAGAAACCAUUUCAGUGCCAAGAGUGUGGAAAGACCUUCACCUGGAAAGAAAGUCUCACUUCCCAUCAAAGAAGUCAUACAGGGGGAAAACCCUAUAAGUGCCUGCAAUGUGGAAAGAGCUUCAGAAGCAGCUCCCAUCUCACUUCCCAUCAAAGAAUUCAUACAGGGGAGAAACCAUAUCAAUGCCAAGAUUGUGGAAAGAGCUUCACCUGGAAAUUAAGUCUCACUUGCCAUCAAAGAAUUCAUAUAGGAGAAAAACCAUAUCAGUGCCUGGAAUGUGGAAAGAGCUUCGGAAACAGCUCCAAUCUCACUUCCCAUCAAAGAAUUCAUACAGGGGAGAAACCAUAUCAAUGCCAAGAGUGUGGAAAGAGCUUCACCUGGAAAUUAUGUUUCACUUCCCAUCAAAGAAUUCAUAUAGGAGAAAAACCAUAUCAGUGCCUGGAAUGUGGACAGAGCUCCGGAAACAGCUCCAAUCUCACUUCCCAUCAAAGGAUUCAUACACGGGAGAAACCAUUUCAGUGCCAAGAGUGUGGAAAGACCUUCACCUGGAAAGAAAGUCUCACUUCCCAUCAAAGAAAUCAUGCAGGGGAAAAACCCUAUCAGUGCCUGGAAUGUGGAAAGAGCUUCAGUCAGAAGGGUAGUCUCACUUCCCAUCAAAAGAUUCAUAAAGGGGAGAAACCCUAUCAGUGCUUGGAAUGUGGAAAGAGCUUCACCAGGAAAGAAAGUCUCACUUCCCAUCAAAGAAUUCAUACCGGGGAGAAACCCUAUCAGUGCUUGGAAUGUGGAAAGAGCUUCACCAGGAAAGAAAGUCUCACUUUCCAUCAAAGAAUUCAUACCGGGGAGAAACCCUAUCAGUGUUUGGAAUGUGGAAAGAGCUUCACCAGGAAAAUAAGUUUCAUUUCCCAUCAAACGAUUCAUUCAGGAGAGAAACCAUAUCAGUGCGUGGAAUGUGGAAAGAGCUUCACCAGGAAACAAAGUCUCACUUCCCAUCAAAGAAUUCAUAUGGUGGAGAAACCCUAUCAGUGCGUGGAAUGUGGAAAGAGCUUCACCUGGAAAAUAAGUUUCAUUUCCCAUCAAACAAUUCAUUCAGGAGAGAAACCAUAUCAGUGCGUGGAAUGUGGAAAGAGCUUCACCAGGAAAGAAAGUCUCACUUCCCAUCGAAUAAUUCAUACGGGGGAGAAACCCCAUCAGUGCUAGGAAUGUGGAAAGAGCUUCAGUCCAAAAGCGAAUCUCACUUUCAUCAAAGAAUACACACAGGGGAGGAAUCAUAUCAGUGCAAAGUGCGUGAUUGGAGGGAUUCAUGAAAGUCUGGCCUCAAUGUUAAAUUUAUUUUAAAAAAACAAUUGGAGUUCUUAAAAGGACUGAGAGCUGUCUGAAAGUGCUAAAAUUGGGACAGGUUUGGGCAAGUUCAUUUCUCUUUGAAGGAAAAUAUUCCUUCUACUCUGAGCCACUUAAAGAGAAUUAGAUUCCUUUAAGACAACCACUCUUCUCUGGACAUCUAAAUUGCUAUGUCCUCUUGGACUGUUUUCUUUUUUAUGGCUCCUCUCUUAAAGUAAUUAUUUGGUUUAUUUGUAUAAUUCGAAUCUUAAUUUGAGAAAUUGGAUUGUAUAUUAAACAGCUUAUGUGGACAAAUUUGACCACUAGAGACACUGACAAAGAAAACAGAAACGCUAGAUGUCUCCAUGAAAGGAAUGGAGGAAAAAUAUGAAAAGCUGGAAAAGGAGGCAAAUAAAUGGAAAUCAGAACAGGAGACGCUUAGGAUUGGGUGGAAGGCAAAAGGCAUUUGCAGGUGCAUUGGUGGUCCUUGAGACGGAAAUCCCAGACUCUGUGACUGAGAGGAGGGAGGAGAGCAGGAUUUUAGCAAAGGUUUGAGCGGAGAGGCUUGGGGUUGAAGAG